CAUUAUUUAAUGUCUUUUACAGUUUUGCCUAUUAGGAAUCAUGUCCUAUUAGGUGAAACCAUGUCAGGAGCAUUAGAUCCUGAUACAAAGACUGUGAGUAGGUGAUCUUCCCAGUGUGAUUCUUCAUGGACUGAAUGUAUACACUUGUAACUCUUGGAAAUUGAUAGAAGAUUUUGCAUCUAAACCAGUGCAAGAGGCUCAUCCAGCAUAUUCCUGUUGGUGCUUGACUCCAGAGUGUCAGGUGUAAUCUGAAAUCAUGGGGCCUAAGCCUGUUCCCAAAGGUGCCGCAGGUGCCAGUAAGAAGACUGAGCAAAAGAAGAAGGAGAAAGUCAUAGAGGAUAAGACAUUUGGACUGAAGAACAAGAAAGGGGCAAAAAUGCAAAAAUUUGUGCAGCAAGUGCAGACUCAAGUCAAGUAUGGUCAUCAGAGUGCUCGCAAGAUGGAGGAAUUGAAAAAGCUACAGCAGGAUAAGAAGGACAUCAAAAAGAUUGAGCUAAAGGAAUUGAAUGAGAUAUUCCGACCUGUCAUCGUUCAGAAAGUGGAGAAAGGAACGGAUCCCAAGUCUGUGGUGUGUGCAUUUUUCAAACAAGGACAAUGUACCAAAGGUGACCGAUGUAAAUUCUCACAUGACUUGACUGCAGAAAGGAGAGCAGAGAAAAGAAGCAUGUAUGUGGAUAUGCGGGAUGAAGGCACUGAUGGGAUGGAUGAUUGGGAUGAAGAAAAGUUGAAAGAGGUGGUGGAAAUGAAACAUGGUGAAGCAGACCAGGGAAAAAUAAAAACUGAUAUUAUCUGCAAGUAUUUCCUUGACGCAGUGGAGAACAGCAAGUAUGGUUGGUUUUGGGAGUGCCCUAAUGGGAUCAAGUGUCACUACAGGCAUGCGCUUCCUCCUGGCUUUGUUCUUAAAAAGGAUCGAAAGAAGGAGGGUCGAGACGAUGGAAAUGACUUAACCCUGGAGGAUCUGAUAGAAAAGGAAAGAGCAGCUCUGGGGAAGAACCUAACUAGGGUCACCUUAGAAACCUUUCUUGCUUGGAAGAAAAGGAAGCGACAAGAGAAGAAACAGGCUAAGUACAAAGAUUCAGAGAGGAAGAAGGCUGAAUACAAGGCUGGACGGAAUACAGGCAUUUCAGGGAGGGAAAUGUUCACAUUUAACCCAGACCUGGCUGUUGGAGAUCAAAUGGAUGAAGGAGAUGAAGCAUUUGAUACCUCCAACCUUAAGAGUGAAGACACUCCUGAUGAUACUGAUGCUGAUGUGAAGGUGAUGGAAAUCAGGGAUGAUAUGUGGGCCUUGGAAGAAGAUGGUGAAGCUUCUGAUGAAGAGGAACUUUCAAAGAGGAGUUGUGAGUCCCCAGAGGAUGAAGAAAAUGGUGAACCUCAGGCCAAGGCAACAGGUGGAGGUGAUGACCAGGUGGAUUCUGUUCCCAUUGAUGAGGACCUUUUUGCAGAAGAUGAUGAGGAUCUUCAGGAACUUGAGGAGCAGAUGGAAGGCAUGGACCUGUCGCAGCAACCUCACAAUGGCUACAGUGUGCUUCAUUCAUGAAGGUUCCUUCAUGUCUGCCCUUCCUGCUUCUCCAUGGCUUCUUUCUUUGGGUUGUGUUUUUCUUUUCCUUUGUUCUCCCACUCCUCCCCUCUUCAUCUCCUUUCCCAUCUUCUUUCUACUCUUUUCUUUCUCUUUCUCUUGGCCCUCCUUCAGCUCAUUGACCUGCUCUUUUCCCCAUAUUUUAAUAGUGUGAAGAAGCUGGAAGAAAUAUAUGUAAUUUGCAG